CGCGCCAAAAUGGCUGAGUCUGCCAUCAAGGCUACGACAAUCGUCGACCCACGCAAGGUCUCGCAGCUCAUCCUUCGACUGCGUGCCUUGAUCAAGAAGCUCGUGCCCGUCGAGGUUAGCCAGGAUUCCCUCACGCAGCCUGACGGGCUCAUCAAUCACGCCGUCGUAGCCAGCUUCGUUGAGGCCGGCGGCGACCUUCGCGAUGUAACACCGUUCGCCUUGCUUGAAGCUAAGACUCUCUUCGAGGGCGACCGUGCAGACGGCGAGCUCAACAACCUGCGCGGCCAGGCUUGCGAGAUACUAGCACGACGCGUCGUCUAUCAGCUCUUCAAGUCAGGCUACGACGACGAGACAACCUUUGUCUGCCUCUCGAAGCGCUUCUGCUACAUUGACGCGCGAGGUAACAAGACGCUCGCUACCUCUGCCCUCGAAUCGGCCGUCGAUCAAAGCAGCAUCACUUUCCUGUCCUCACCCGAGGCGCAGGCCUGCAUCGAUGCCAUCUGGACAGGCAAGCUCGUUCAGUCGUACAGCGAUGGACACCACCUCGUACACUUUGUGCCGUGGCAGCCAAAGCAUAACAGCAACAGCCUCUUCGACUACUUUGAGCCUGCUCGCCUUGCCGUACCCCGCUUCAACUAUUCGGUCAGCCUCGUUUCUUGGCUCAUCUUGCUCGGCGUAUACAGCAUCGCGACACAGACAUACUCGGGUCUCGACGGAUGGGAGAUUGCCCUCUGGCUCAUGCUCGCAGGGUACAUAAUCGAUGAUCUCAAUCGCUGGUGGAAAGUACGAGGGCUAGAGGCACUCAGCAUCUGGCUCAUCAUCGACGUCUUGCAGGAUAUCCUCGCCACAGCUGCAUUUGCUGUGCGAGUCGUAUCCUUCAUCUACGAGGACGUUGAUCACAGCACCAAGUACCAGCGCCUUGCCUUUCAGCUCUUGGCCUGCUUGGCGCCUUUCCUCUGGAUGCAGCUACUCAAGGCCACGGAUGUAUUCAAGUUCUUUGGCUUGAUUUUGCAGUCACUCGUCGGUAUGCUGCAAGAGACUGGCAUAUUCCUCGUCCUCCUCGUCCUCGUCGGCAUCGGCUUUGCUCAGGCUCUCUACUCUCUCGAUGCAGCCGAUGGAGGCCGCACAGAGAACGCCACGCACGCCAUUGUCCAAACACUGCUGAGUGGCCUCCUCGGUGGCGGGCAAAGUCUGGACAUCAUUGAGGAGUUCGGCCAGCCCUUCAGCGAGAUUCUCCUCUACGCCUACUCGCUCAUCCAGGUCCUCUUCCUUACCAACAUCCUCGUCGCACUCCUCAACAACGCAUACAGUGACCUCGUCGCGGACGCGGACGAUGCCUUUGGGGCCUACUUUGCGACCAAGACCAUCGGAUUGGUACGAGCACCGGAUCAAUACGUGUACCCGGCGCCGCUCAACUUGCUCGAGCUCUUCCUCAUUGCCCCGCUCGAAUUCGUGCUGUCCAAACGCUGGUAUCAGGCUCUGAACCGCGCUGUGCAGACGGUGCUCUUCUCGCUGCCCUUGAUGGCUAUUGCCGUCUUUGAGUGGAAGAUGGGACCAAAGAGCGUCGGCGCCAUCAGGCUGGAGAUGCUGGAGGAUGCAGGCGACUGUGUGGCCGAAUCGCGGGGUGCGGAGCAGGUAGACUCGCGAGCUCAGGCUAUUGCGGCUGCCAUUGGGGCGCAGAGCAUCGAAGACCCCGACGAUGGCGAGCAAGGAACACAUGGACGGAGGCGCGACGGAGAGGCGAUGACGACGGCAGACGGGGAGCGAGAGGCGGCUGCGCUGACUAUCAGUCGUGUCUCGUUCCAAAAGCUUACGGCUACCUUCCCUGCUGUUGUUGGUGGCACGGAAGACGAUGCCGACCAGGACCCGACUACAGGCGAGGUCGCCGUGAAGAAGGAGGACGACGGCGGAGAGGCGAUGACAGGUCAGCUGACGAAGGGCAGCAGCAGCGGAGGCAGUGACAGUCUGCUGCGCGAGCUCCUCGAUGAGGUUCGCUCGCUGAGAAGCGAGUUGGAGAGCAUGAAGAAGGAGACGAAGAAGAGCGAGGCGUAAGGCGGUGCACGGCAAAGGACAAUCUCGGAUUACUCUAUAUCACUCAUAGCGCUCGCAGCAUUAGCAAUCAGGGAAAGGUCGCGGUUGGUCUGUGCCUAGCGCGGCGGGAGCGAGUCGGAGGACCUUACGUGCGAUCGUCGCAUCCGCAAAUAGCAGAUUUGAUUACUGCUCGUUCGUCUGUGGCCAUGAUGGCGACGCAUGAAUACCC